CAUUUUUUAAACAAUACUUUAUAUAUUUCAUUAUUCCUAAAUUAAUUGGAGCAAAUUUUAACACAUUAUCUCAUAGUAGAACAUCUAUAUUAAUACGUGGCCAUAAAUACUUUUUCAUGAUUGUGUAAAAAGGAUAAAUAAAAUAAAUGUGUAACAAGUAAUUGGAGAGUGAUUGGAACAAUUGUUUUUAUGUUAAGAAUGCCUGGUUGUUGUGUCAAAGGGUGCUACAAUAGAGCAGAAAAAGGAUAUAAACUUUACAAAUUGCCUCAAGGAAGUAAAAAUAAUGCUAGGCGAAAACUGUGGAUACAAAAUAUAAAUAGAAAAGAUCCAUUACCACUACAUGCAUAUGUUUGUCAAGAUCAUUUUACAGAUGAUCAAUUUGAACUGGGAAGAGCAGAUCAUAAAAAAUUAUUGAAGUGGAAUGCUGUUCCUACACUGUUUUCUCAUUGUAAAGAAAAUAAACAAGAAAAAUUUCCAAAACAAGAGGAAACAGUUGUAACUGUUCUUGAAUCAAACAAUAAAUCAGAAGAAGAAGAAGGAGAAGAAGAAGAAGAAGAAGAAGAAGAGAGAGAAAACUUAAACUUUGAACUCAAAAAGGAAACAGAAGUAAAAAUGGAUAACUGUACAAAUAACAGUUCGGAUGAAGUAGCAACUUUAAAGUGUGAGCUAAAUGUUUGUCGACAAGAAAUACGUACUUUAAGGACUAUUAUAUCUCAGUUACAAACAAUUAUAGAAAGAUUGGUAGGGGAGAACUGCACAGAUGAAUCACUGCCAGUGGAAUGCUGAAGAAAUUUACAUUUCAAGAGCUAAACAAUAGCUAGUCCACGAUCCACUAUGUACAAAGUUUACUCAAUUUUCAAGCACAAGACAUUGGACAAUCGUCUGUAUCUAACAAUAAGAACUACAAUUUGUGAUAUGACUGCCAAUGGAACAUUUACCACAUUCCAUUCUUGCGAUAGGCUUCGUUGUAUUCAAUAUUAACAAUAGGAAAUUAUUUCUGUUGUUUUUAAAUCAUUGACACAAUCUAUAUUGAUUAUACAAAUUAAAUUUUAAUAGUUAUUAUUUUGUCUUCCUUCCACCGACUAGCUUUAUCACAAUACUUAUAUUAUGGAGAAAUUUUGCAUUAACAAAAAUGUUUCUAGAAAAAUUUUUUUAUUGGCUAUUAUGUCAGACAAAACGCAGUAUGAAUUCUCCUCUAUGUUCAUGUUCAUACAGUAUGGUUGUCAAAGAAGCCGAAAAAAUGGCGGACGAAAACGAGGAUCAGUGGUUAUACGGAGAUUCAACUGAUGGAAAAGAAUACACUCCAGUGAAUAUUCAACCGGAAGUUCAGCAAAAUGAUUCAUUGCUCGUUAACAUUCAAGACAAAUCCCAAAUUGAGGAAGACCAACAAGUGGAAGGAACUAAUGGAAUGGAGUCUGAGAUACAAGGUGAUGCUGAUUCUCCUGUUGGUGAUCAUGAGGAAUCCAAUUCGCUAAAUAAUGCACAAGAAGAGAAUAUGGACGCAAAUAAAAAUGGGGCAAGGGAAGUCUCUAGUCAAGAGGAUGGUGAAGCAGCUAGUGAUUCUGACUCUGACGAUGAUGUGCAUGUUGUUAUCGGCGAUAUCAAAUCAACACCUGCAUAUGGUAGUUUAAAUAUCAAGAGAGGAGGACUGCUAACUAAUGCAUCCGGAGUACCAGAUAAAUUGAAUAAACAACCAGGAAAGUUCAGCAUAGAUGAAUUUGAAACUAUUGGAGUUAUCAAUGGAAUACCAGCCCAUGAGUACAAUUUAGAUCAAUUGGAAGAUAAGCCAUGGAGACAACCUGGUGCAGAUAUCACAGAUUACUUUAAUUAUGGCUUUAAUGAGGAGACCUGGAGGGCAUAUUGCGAACGUCAAAAGCGGAUGCGAAGUGAAUCCGGAGUGGGAUUGGUUUUAAAUGCAGGAGGUGGUACUGGCAAUCAGAGUAGUAUGAGAGUACCACAAGUUGCAAUAACUAAUGACAACAGCAAAUAUUCUGGUAUUAUGGGUCCUAAGAGAGCAGGUCCACCACCAGGAAGAAAGAUGGCUGGCACUAUAGAUGUUAUUGGAAGUUCUGGAUUGGCCUCCAGAAGAAAUUUGGACAAGUCUCCACCAAAAGGAAAUGUUAUACAAGUCAUGACCGCCGAUAGGAGAGAGUAUUCUAGAAAACCAGGUUUUCCUGAUAUGAGUGUACCGCCUCCUGGAGCAGGAAUGCCACCACCACCGUUUGAUAUGCCUCCACCAGGAUACGCCAGUGAACCAACACCAUUUUAUAUGCCAGAAACUGAUCCAUAUUAUCAGAGUUAUGAACCUACACAGGAUAACCAGUGGGGCAAUGAUCCGACGUGGCAGCCGACAAAUCUAGCAAUUCCGAUGACGGAAGGUGAAGAUGACAAAGACAUGGGACCUAAGACAAUACCUACGAUGGUUCCACCAACGGCCAUUCCUCCUUUGAUGCAGCCACGUGAUCAGAGAGACAAUAGAGAUCGUGAGCGGGACAGAGAUCGAGAAAUGGAUUCUAUGGGAAGAGAUAGGGAAAGGGACAAGGAGAGAGAUCGUGAUCGUGACAGAGAGAAGGAUUCUAUGAUAAGGGACCGCGAUAGGGAAUCUAUGACUCGAGAUGAAGAUCGAGAACGUGAUAGGUCUAGAUCCCAAUAUCGGCAUAAAGAUCGGCAUCGACAUCGAUCAAGAUCGCGAUCUCGUAGACACAAAUCGAGAUCGCGUAGUCCAAGUCGACGUAAGAAGAAAUCCAGACGCUCAGACAGAGAACGUUCCAAGGAAGAAAGUGAAUAAAUGUGUGUACAUGUAAUCUUUUCAUGUUAAUUUACAGGGCUAUAGCGCAUCGCACUAGAACAAAAUGAGCAUUAUUCAUGAAAUUAGAUGAUGUUUCCGCAAAUACUACUGUUGCCGCAGAAAAUGUAUGCAUCAACACAAUUAUUCACACACGAAGUUAUUUAUAAGAUAUGCAAACAAAAAAUUAAAUUUAUGAUAGUGUUUACUUACUGCAAAAAAAAUCUAUUAAAUAUUGAUUGCAUUUUGAAUUGCUAAAAAGAAAUUUGUCUGUCUUUUUGGCACCAAUCAUACAAUAUCUUGUAAAAAAUAAAAAUAGUUUGAUAAGCAGUUACUAAUAGAAAUAAUGAAAAUUUUUUGAAAUAAAU